AGCGGUUGCGUUGUUCAAGCGAGCCGACGACGAGACCGUUGGUGUCUGGAAAAUUGUCUCGUGGGUUCGACUUAAACAGUCGUCAUUCGGCUGAUUUAGUUCGUGCGAAAUUUGAAAGAUUUCACGUCCUGAACCACGUUACGGUUGACUGACUGAAUCUGACCGAAGAAUGGCUGCCGCUGAGGUGAAUGGUAGCUCUGCUCCAACAAAGGAGGAAGAGGAACCCAUGGAUGUGACAACAACACAUACAGAAAACUACCAAACUCUCCUUGAUGCUGGGCUGCCCCAGAAAGUGGCUGAAAGUCUAGAUAAUAUCUUCCAAACAGGCCUGGUGGCGUAUGCAGACCUGGAUGAAAGGGCUAUUGAUGCUCUGCGAGAGUUCAAUGAAGAGGGAGCGCUUACUGUGCUGCAACAAUUCAAAGAAAGUGACUUAUCCCAUGUUCAGAAUAAAAGUGCUUUCCUUUGUGGGGUCAUGAAGACAUACAGGCAGCGAGAAAAACAAGGAAGCAAGGUCCAAGAGUCAACUAAGGGUCCAGAUGAGGCAAAAAUAAAGGCUCUGUUGGAGCGGACAGGCUACACUCUGGAUGUGACGACAGGGCAGAGGAAGUACGGCGGUCCUCCCCCUGAGAGUGUGUUCACGGGCACACAACCAGGGAUUGGAACUGAGGUGUUUGUUGGAAAAAUCCCCAGGGAUCUAUAUGAAGAUGAGCUUGUGCCCCUCUUUGAGUCUGCUGGUCCCAUCUGGGACCUGAGGUUAAUGAUGGACCCCCUAUCUGGUCAGAACAGGGGUUAUGCUUUCAUCACUUACUGUAACAAAGAUGAUGCGCAAAAGGCUGUGAAGCUUUGUGAUAACCAUGAAAUCCGCCCUGGGAAGUACUUGGGAGUGUGUAUAUCUGUUGCAAACAAUCGCCUGUUUGUUGGAUCGAUUCCAAAGAACAAGACAAGAGACAGUAUAUUAGAAGACUUUGGCAAAGUCACAGAGGGCCUGCAAGAUGUGAUCUUGUAUCACCAGCCGGAUGACAAGAAGAAGAACCGUGGCUUCUGUUUCCUUGAGUAUGAGGAUCACAAGUCUGCAGCUCAGGCACGUCGCCGUCUAAUGAGUGGGAAGGUCAAAGUUUGGGGUAACCCAGUCACAGUGGAGUGGGCUGACCCUGUCGCUGAACCUGACCCAGAAGUUAUGGCUAAGGUAAAAGUUCUCUUUGUGAGAAAGCUGGCUACAGCUGUGACUGAGGAGCUCCUUGAGAAGACAUUCUCUCAGUUUGGGAAGCUAGAACGAGUGAAAAAGCUGAAAGAUUACGCAUUUGUCCAUUUUGAAGAUCGGGAUGCUGCUGUAAAGGCUAUGGAAGAGAUGAACGGUAAGGAGCUCGGAGGGGAGGAAAUCGAGAUCGUUCUGGCAAAGCCCCCAGAUAAGAAGAGGAAAGAGCGUCAGGCAGCCCGACAGACCACCAGGGGAAGCGGGUAUGACGACUACUACUAUUACCCACCUCCUCGCAUGCCACCACCUGGCCGAGGAAGGGGCCGUGGUGGCCGAGGGGGCUAUUCUUAUGCUCCUGAUUAUUAUGGCUAUGAGGACUACUAUGAUGACUACUAUGGCUAUGACUAUCAUGACUACCGUGGCGGCUAUGAGGACCCUUACUAUGGCUAUGAAGAUAUGUACAGCAUGAGGAGCCGUGGUACCCGCCCCAACAGGGGUGGACCUCCACCCCCAAGGGCUCGUGGAGCUCCUCCAACACGAGGCCGGGGCGGCUUUGCCCAAAGAGGGCCACCCCUUGGUGGCCCGCGUGGUGCUCGGGGAGGACGGGGAGCACCCUUCCAGCCUCAGAGGGGCCGUGGUCCUCGCGGUGCCAGAGGCAAUCGCGGGGGCAACGUUGGCGGAAAGAGGAAGGCAGAUGUAUUUAACCAGCCUGACUCCAAGCGCCGCCAGACCAACAACCAACAGAACUGGGGGUCCCAGCCCAUCGCCCAGCAGCCCCUGCAGCAAGGGGCCGACUAUUCCGGUGGAGAAGCAAAGCGAGCGGCACCACUAGAGUGAGGAAAUCACCUGAACGGUACUUGAGGGCAGUAAAGGAGCUGCCCACAUCCAUGUGAAUGAGUUCACAGAACUGGAAAAGAGUGAUUGUUCCAGGUCAGAGCAGUGAAUCCCACCUGAUGCAACCUAGAUCCGUUUGCAGGUUUUCACCCUCCUCAGGAUGGAUCUAAGAAUUCGGGUCCCCAGCAACCAGCUUUCCUGAAGAUAAGAAAUAAAGGGGAGAAAAGAGUGCAAGCAGUCCACAUCAAGAAAGCCAUGCUCCUUAUCCAACUUCAAUAAUUAUCCUUAAAAGGGAAAAUAUUUGUGCUAGUGAUCCUACAUCGUCUAUUUAUUAUCCAUGUUGUUUUUUUGGGUUUUUUUACAGUUUCAACUUAGAUUUGAAUUCAUGAAAGCAUAAAAUGGGCUCAGUGUAUUAUAAAGUGAACAAUUGCACCUCAUAAGUAAAACAUUGAAUAUGGUGGGUGAUUCUGAUUCAUUGUACAUUGCCUAGUAAACGGUGAAAAUAUGAAUUGUACAUCCUGCUAAUUUUAAAUACCUGUUGCUUUCUGUAUUACCCACAUUCAAUAAAGUUUGACUUUCAUAAAUUAAAAGCCUUUUUCAGACAUAUGAACUUGACCUAAUGCUUGAUUUUCCUAAAAAAAAAAAAAAAAUUUUGAGCCAGGUGUCAAUAAAAGUAUUAUUUGUCUUGUAUUCUGACUUUAUAAACUAUAUAAGUAUAUGUUUUGGUUGUAUUGGAAAGAUUUUAAUUGAACUUUGAUGUAUUGGUGUGUAUAAAACCGGAUGUAAACUGGAUCUGUUUAAAGUGCUGUAAAAUGGGCUUUUGUGGUAAAUUGGUGCAGUAUAAAUAAAAUGGAUUUGAAUCAUACUAAAAUAGUAACCUUUCUCAUUCUCAAACUAUGUUUUCAAAGAUCACUGCUUCAAGCAAGGCCAGAUGCCUCA